GUUGACUUCCGGUUGCGGGGGGGUUGGCAUACAGGUCCCAAAUUUUUGUGUUACAGCUCUUGCCAUGAAAACCUAUGUGCAUGUGUACCUUGGACAACGGGUGGUCCAACCAAAAUAUCGAUGUAAUUUAGGUUUUUCCUGCAAUUCGUAUGUUUAUUGGUAAAUAAAACCAUAUAUAGCGACAUAUUUCAAAACAGCCUCACUUUACUUGUAGUGUCAAACAUUUGGCCCAGAGAAGCUUAUCACAAAGCUUUUCUUUAUUUUGGGGUAUCCGAGCGGAAAUGCGGUGUGUUACUGUGCCAAACUUUCCGGUCCGGGCUACGGGCCGACUUCCACACUGCUGGUGGCGUGUGUGGAACGCUUUCUUGUAUCUCCCCAACCGACUAUGUGUUAAACUGCCAAACUGAAGCAGCUUUUCUGUUUUAAAAUCCGCUCAUUUAUACCGGAUUCUUCUAGACGCUGACAGAGUUCAUCCCGACGGUCAGUCAAGUGUUAAUCGGUAGGUUUUGUUCAGUCUUAUCUGCAUCCUGUACUUCUCCGCGCGGCGUGAGUUUCACGUGGAGACUGGGGACCAUCACUGCUCCGUAGCAUCAGUCAGUUCUCCUGUAUCUGUGGUUAGCAUUAGCUUUCUGCGAAAACAUGUCAAAGAUGGCAACCUUGGUUCUAGAGGACGGAACGACGUUCAGAGGCCGCCUUUUUGGUGCAAACGUAUCGGUGUCUGGAGAAGUUGUGUUUCAGACAGGGAUGGUGGGCUACCCUGAGGCUCUUACGGACCCGUCAUACCACUGCCAGCUGCUGACCCUCACCUACCCUCUGAUUGGCAACUAUGGUGUCCCAAAGGAUGAGGAGGGAGAGUUUGGACUGAGCAGGUGGUUUGAGUCGUCCAAGAUCUAUGCAGCAGCUCUGAUUAUCGGAGAGCUGUCGGAGAAUCCCAGUCACUGGAGUUCAGUGAAGUCAUUGGAUCAGUGGCUCCAAGAGCAAGGUGUUCCUGGAUUACAAGGCAUUGACACCCGCUGUCUGACCAAAAAGAUCAGAGAGAAAGGCACCAUGCUGGGGAAGCUGGUUGUGGAUGGGACCCCUGAAGACAGUAUUACCUUUGAUAGUCCUGAUGAGAGAAACCUGGUGCAGGAGGUCUCUAUGAAGAAACCCAAAGUGUUCAACCCCAAUGGCAGCCUGCGAAUCACAGCGGUGGACUGUGGCAUCAAAUACAACCAGAUACGCUGCCUGGCUCAGAGAGGAGCCUGUGUUACUGUGGUACCCUGGGACCAUCCGCUGGACAGCGCAGAUUUUGAUGGUUUGUUCAUCAGUAACGGUCCCGGGGAUCCUCAGCUCUGUCAAACCACCAUCAACAAUGUGAGGAAGGUGGUCUGUGUGGAUCAACCCAAGCCAGUUUUUGGUAUCUGCCUCGGACACCAGCUGCUCUCUCUGGUCAUUGGAGCAAAGACCUACAAGAUGAAGUAUGGUAACCGUGGCCACAACCAGCCGUGCAUCCACAAGGGAACAGAUCGCUGCUUUAUCACCAGUCAAAACCACGGCUUCGCUGUCGAUCCCAAGACCCUGCCGAAAGACUGGGACGUCCUCUUUACCAAUGCCAAUGAUCACUCCAGCGAGGGCAUUGUACACAACACGCAACCCCUGUUCAGUGUUCAGUUCCACCCGGAGCACAUGGCAGGUCCCACAGACCUGGUCAGCCUGUUCGAUGUCUUCCUGGACACUGUCAAGGAGCACAAGGAGGGAAACGCUACACAAUCUGUGAAGCAGCGUCUGAUGGAGCACCUGACAUUCCCUGGUUCCCCAAGGCCUGAAGAGGUAUUUCGACCCAGGAAGGUCCUCAUCCUGGGUUCUGGAGGGCUGUCCAUCGGCCAGGCUGGGGAGUUCGACUACUCUGGCUCCCAGGCUAUUAAGGCUCUUAAGGAAGAGAAUAUUCAGACUGUGCUGAUCAACCCCAACAUUGCUACUGUCCAGACCUCCAAGGGACUGGCCGAUAAAGUCUACUUCCUGCCGAUUACACCGGAGUAUGUCACUCAGGUGAUAAAAAAUGAACGUCCCGACGGCGUCCUGUUGACUUUCGGUGGUCAGACUGCUCUGAACUGUGGCGUGGAGCUGACCAAGCUGGGCAUCCUUGAGAAAUAUAAAGUAAAAGUUCUGGGAACACCAGUGGCCUCCAUCGAGAUGACUGAAGACAGAAAAAUCUUUGUGGAGAAGAUGGAAGAGAUCAACGAGCAUGUUGCUCCCAGUGAAGCGGCGCUUUCUGUGGAGCAGGCUUUGGCAGCUGCAGAGCGUCUUGGCUACCCCGUUCUGGUUCGUUCAGCAUUCGCUCUUGGUGGUCUGGGCUCCGGCUUUGCCAACAACAAAGAGGAGCUAACCUCUCUGGUGAUGUCGGCCUUUUCCCACACCUCCCAGGUGCUAGUGGAUAAAUCCCUGAAAGGCUGGAAAGAGAUUGAGUACGAGGUGGUUCGGGAUGCCUACGAUAACUGUGUCACUGUGUGUAACAUGGAGAAUAUUGACCCUCUGGGCAUCCAUACUGGAGAAUCCAUUGUGGUGGCGCCCAGUCAGACACUGAACGACCACGAGUACAACAUGUUGAGGAACACAGCCAUCAAAGUUGUCAGGCACCUUGGCAUUGUGGGAGAGUGCAACAUCCAGUACGCUCUGAACCCUGAAUCUGAUCAGUACUACAUCAUCGAGGUGAAUGCCCGUCUGUCGCGGAGCUCGGCCUUGGCCAGUAAGGCGACAGGUUACCCCCUGGCCUACGUAGCAGCUAAACUUGGCCUGGGGAUCCCACUUCCAUUGCUCAAGAACUCUGUGACCGGCUCAACAACAGCAAACUUUGAACCUAGUCUGGACUACUGUGUGGUGAAGGUGCCUCGCUGGGAUCUCAGCAAGUUCCUCAGGGUCUCCACCACGAUCGGCAGCUCCAUGAAGAGUGUUGGUGAGGUGAUGGCUAUUGGCCGUAGCUUUGAGGAGGCCUUCCAGAAAGCACUGAGGAUGGUGGAUGAGAACUGUGUGGGCUUUGACCACACCAUCAAACCUGUCUCUGAAAAGGAGUUGCAGACUCCCACCGACAAGCGUAUCUUUGUGUUGGCAGCGGCGUUCAAAGCCGGCUACACGGUGGACCAGUUGUAUGAGCUCACCAAGAUCGACCGCUGGUUCCUACACAAGAUGAAGAACAUCACUGACCAUGAGCGACUGCUGGAGAUGUACAGCCAGGAUGAGAGCAGCGUCCCCCCAGAGGUGAUGCGAAAGGCCAAGCAGCUAGGCUUCUCAGACAAGCAGAUUGCACUGGCUGUACAGAGCACGGAGCUAGCUGUAAGGAAGCUGCGUAAAAACUGGUCCAUCCUCCCUGUAGUGAAGCAGAUUGAUACGGUGGCGGCCGAAUGGCCUGCCCACACUAACUACUUGUACCUGACCUACCACGGCACAGAGAACGACCUGAGCUUCACCGAACAGCAUGUCAUGGUGAUCGGCUCCGGCGUCUAUCGCAUCGGCAGCAGUGUGGAGUUUGAUUGGUGCGCAGUCGGAUGCAUCACAGAACUCAGGAAGAUGGGUUUUAAAACCAUCAUGGUGAACUACAAUCCUGAGACAGUCAGUACGGACUAUGACAUGUGUGACCGCCUCUAUUUUGAUGAGAUCUCCUUUGAGGUGGUGAUGGAUAUCUAUGAAAAGGAAAACCCUGAGGGAGUGAUCCUGUCAAUGGGAGGCCAGCUUCCCAACAACAUCGCCAUGUCGCUGCACCGCCAGCAGUGCCGCAUCUUGGGAACUUCACCCGAGUUCAUCGACAAUGCAGAAAACAGGUUCAAGUUCUCAAGAAUGCUGGACACCAUCGGCAUCAGUCAGCCACAGUGGAAGGAGCUCUCUGACACUGAGUCUGCUGUGAAGUUUUGUGAGACAGUGGGUUACCCCUGCGUCGUUCGUCCUUCCUACGUUCUCAGCGGUGCAGCCAUGAAUGUCGCCUACAGUGACCAUGACCUUGAGAAAUACCUGACUAACGCUGUAGCAGUGUCCAAGGAGCACCCUGUUGUCAUCUCCAAAUUCAUACAGGAGGCCAAGGAGAUAGACGUGGACGCAGUAGCAUGUGAUGGCGUAGUGAUGGCCAUUGCAGUGUGUGAACAUGUGGAAAAUGCAGGUGUUCACUCUGGCGACGCCACCUUGGUGACGCCGCCCCAGGACCUCAACCAGAAGACCAUGGAGAGGAUCAAGGUGAUCGUUCAUGCCAUUGGCCAGGAGCUGCAGGUCACUGGACCCUUCAACCUGCAGCUGAUCGCCAAGGAUGACCAGCUGAAGGUGAUUGAGUGCAACGUCAGGGUUUCUCGCUCCUUCCCCUUUGUAUCAAAGACCUUGGGUUUGGACCUUGUUGCCCUGGCAACCCAGGCCAUUAUGGGGGAGGAAGUGGAGCCUGUGGGCCUAAUGAAUGGAAAAGGGAUUGUGGGAGUCAAGGUUCCCCAGUUUUCAUUCUCUCGGCUGGCCAGAGCUGAUGUGGUGCUUGGGGUGGAGAUGACCAGCACUGGAGAGGUGGCCUGUUUUGGAGAAAACCGAUAUGAGGCUUACCUCAAAGCCAUGCUCUCCACAGGCUUCAAGAUCCCCAAAAAGAACAUCCUGCUCUCCAUCGGCAGCUACAAGAACAAGAGUGAGCUGCUGCCCACUGUGAAGACGCUGGAGUCUCUGGGUUAUGACCUGUAUGCCAGUAUGGGCACUGCUGAUUUCUACACAGAACAUGGAGUGAAGGUGACAGCGGUGGAUUGGCUGUUUGAGAUGGAUGACGACAGUGAGUGUCCCACCAAAGACAAGCAGCGCAGCAUCAUGAAUUACCUGGCUGAAAACCACUUUGACCUGGUCAUCAACCUCUCCAUGAGGAACAGUGGAGGUCGCAGGCUCUCCUCCUUUGUCACCAAAGGCUACAGGACGAGACGUAUGGCCAUCGACUACUCUGUCCCGCUCAUCAUCGACAUCAAGUGCACCAAGCUCUUUGUUCAGGCUCUUCAUCAGGUCGGUAGGAUGCCACCAGUGAAAACUCAUAUUGACAGCAUGACAUCCCAGACCCUGGUCCGCCUGCCUGGUCUGAUCGAUGUUCACGUUCACCUGCGGGAGCCUGGUGCCACCCAUAAAGAGGACUUCUCCUCUGGCACGGCAGCUGCUCUGGCAGGAGGAGUGACGCUGGUGUGCGCGAUGCCCAACACGUCCCCUGCCAUCACUGAUCCUGGUACUCUGGCUCUGGUGCAGAAGCUGGCCAAAGCAGGCUGCCGCUGUGACUACGCACUGUAUGUGGGUGCUGCCUCAGACAAUGUUGCUGUCCUGCCGUCCAUGGCUAGCCAGGCUGCUGGUCUGAAGAUGUACCUGAACGACACCUUCUCCACAUUAAAGAUGGACAACGUCUCUCUCUGGAUGGAACAUUUUGAGAAGUGGCCGAAGCAGAUGCCCAUCGUAGCUCACGCUGAGAAGCAGACGGUGGCUGCAGUCCUCAUGGUGGCCCAGCUUUACCAGCGGCCAGUUCACAUCUGCCACGUGGCCAAGAAGGAGGAGCUCCUGAUCAUCCGGGCAGCCAAACAGAAAGGAAUCCAGGUAACGUGCGAGGUGGCCCCUCAUCACCUCUUCCUGUGCGAAGACGAUGUGGCAGAUAUAGGAGAAGGACGUGCGCAGGUCCGCCCCAUGCUGGGAACCCGUGAGGACAUGGAGGCUCUCUGGGAGAACCUGGACAUCGUUGACUGCUUUGCCACUGACCACGCUCCCCACACCGUAGAGGAGAAGAAUGCUGAUUGUCCUCCUCCGGGUUACCCUGGCCUGGAAACGAUGCUGCCGCUGCUGCUAACUGCCGUCAGCGAUGGGCGUCUGACUCUGGACGAUAUUAUCACACGUCUUUAUGACAAUCCACGAAAGAUCUUCAACCUGCCGGUGCAGGAGAACACCUAUGUGGAGGUGGACUUGGAGCAGGAGUGGGUUAUUCCUGAGGCCAUGCAGUUCACCAAGUCCAAGUGGACACCUUUCCAAGGUCUGAAGGUGAAGGGUAAAGUCCGCCGCGUAGUUCUGCGAGGAGAGGUGGCCUAUAUCGAUGGCCAGGUGUUGGUACCUCCAGGUUAUGGUGAAGAUGUGAAGACGUGGGCCAAGGCUGCCGUCCAUCCUUUAAAGCCUGUUAAAGAAAUCCCUAUGAGUCCUGAGCACCUUCGUUGCACUCCUCCUCGGGAAAGCCUGGUUCGAACCCGAGCACCCAGCCCUCGUCGCUGCGUAGGAGAGAACCGCUUCAUACUGCCACCCCGCAUCCACCGCUGCUCUGAUCCUGGACUGCCACCAGAGAUGAGCUUGUUCUCAGCGGCCGGUGCCAGUGAUGGUUACAGCCUCCCUCCUCCUCUGUCCAGGCUGCUGUCUCCCGUGCCUGGAACAGGUCUGACACCUUCUGGACAGUUGUCCCACAUCCAGAUGUCCCCUUUCCUACACCUGCUGGUUGGCCAGCACAUCCUGUCUGUCAGCCAGUUCAGCAAGGAGCAGAUCUCACACCUUUUCAAUGUUGCCCACACUUUGCGUUUGCUGGUUCAGAAGGAACGAAGUCUGGAAAUCCUGAAGGGUAAGGUGAUGGCGUCCAUGUUCUAUGAGGUCAGCACUCGCACUAGCAGCUCCUUUGCAGCAGCCAUGCAGCGUCUGGGCGGCUCAGUCGUCCACUUCAGCGAAUCCACCUCAUCCACACAAAAAGGAGAAUCGCUGGCUGACUCCGUUCAGACCAUGAGCUGCUAUGCCGACGUUCUGGUGCUCCGACACCCAGUACCUGGAGCUGUAGAGAGUGCAUCUCGUCACUGCCGUAAGCCGCUAAUCAAUGCUGGAGAUGGUGUGGGAGAACAUCCGACCCAAGCCCUGCUGGACGUCUUCACCAUCAGAGAGGAACUGGGGACGGUCAACGGCAUGACGAUAACCAUGGUUGGAGAUCUGAAGCACGGCCGCACGGUUCAUUCCCUCGCCAAACUGCUGACUCAGUACCGCAUCACCCUGCGCUACGUGGCUCCCAAGAACCUCCACAUGCCAGCCGAGAUCAUCAGCUAUGUGGCCUCAAAGGGCAUCAAACAGGAGGAGUUUGACAGCAUUGAGGAAGCUCUGCCUGAGACCGAUGUCCUCUACAUGACGAGGAUCCAGAAGGAGAGGUUUGCAUCUGAGGAGGAGUACGAGGCCUGUUUUGGUCAGUUCAUCCUCACUCCUCACAUCAUGACUGUAGCCAAAAAGAAGAUGGUAGUGAUGCAUCCAUUGCCCAGAGUCAAUGAAAUCAGUGUGGAGGUGGACACAGACCCGAGAGCAGCGUAUUUCCGUCAGGCAGAGAAUGGAAUGUACAUCCGAAUGGCCCUGCUGGCCACCGUACUGGGCAGAUAAACCCAUGUACUGCCUCUUUGUAGCACACAUGGGUAGACGGUAAAAGAGUAGUGAUAAGUGUUGACACAGUACCUUCAUGUUCUUUCCUGCAGUAACACAAUCCAGAGCCCAGUCCUCCAUGGGUGUUGAGACUUUAUGAAAACAUUAAGAUGCACUCCAGUGAAACCACUACCUGUUUCUCAUCCAUAUA